AUCAGAGAAGGCCACAGGACCCAGAUUUUCAGGGAUCUGAACUACAAUGGAAGCCCAGUACAGUGGUGUGGGGUCCAUCCCGGAAAAUUCAAGGAGCAGCCAUGAGCUUGGAAUACAAGAUCAAGGAAGUCCCCAACUGAGAAUUGUCCUACUUGGAAAAACUGGAGCAGGAAAGAGUUCAACAGGGAACAGCAUCCUUGGAAGAAAAGCAUUUCUUUCUGGCAUUUGUGCAAAAUCCAUUACCAAGGUCUGUGAGAAAGGAGUGAGCAUCUGGGAUGGGAAAGAGCUCGUUGUUGUGGAUACACCUGGCAUUUUCGACACUGAGGUACCAGAUGCUGACACACAAAAGGAGAUCACUCGCUGUGUUGCUCUGACCUCUCCAGGGCCUCAUGCUCUGCUUCUGGUCAUCCCACUGGGGCGUUAUACUGUGGAAGAACACAAGGCCACACGGAAACUUCUGAGCAUGUUUGAAAAAAAGGCUAGAAGAUUCAUGAUACUCUUGCUCACCAGGAAGGAUGACUUGGAAGACACAGAUAUCCAUGAGUACUUAGAGACGGCUCCUGAAGUCCUUCAAGAGUUGAUCUAUGAGUUCCGGAAUCGCUACUGUUUGUUCAAUAACAAAGCAUCAGGAGCUGAACAGGAAGAGCAGAAGAGGCAGCUGUUGACCUUAGUUCAGAGCAUGGUGAGGGAAAAUGGUGGAAAAUACUUUACUAACAAGAUGUAUGAAAGUGCUGAGGGUGUGAUUCAGAAACAAACCUGGAAGAAGAAAGAAUUUUACAGAGAGGAACUGGAGAGAGAGAGAGCACGGAUAAGACGGGAGUAUGAAGCAGAGAUUCAAGAUCUGAGAGAUGAGCUGGAAAGGGAAAGGAGAAGGGCACGUAUGGAGAGGGAGUUCAAUGAGAACGAGCUUAUCUUUGCAGAGAGACAACAAAAUGCUAGGAGGGAAGUUGAGAACACAAGUAUGAUAUACUUGAAUUAAUCAUAAAAGCAUGGGAGAUUGCUUCCUUUAUCUUCAACCAGUUUAUGAGAGACUAGACUUCCUUGAUAACAUGCCGUACAGAGCUCACACCCAUGACACACCCACUCCAACAGGGCUUUGCCUUCUAAUGGUGCCACUCCCUGGGCUAAGUAUAUAUGCCAUAACAAACACCAUGGCCAAAAGACACCUUGGAGAAGAAAGGGUUCAUUUUUAUCUUACAGCUUAUAACCCAUCCCAGAGGAACAGCAACUCAAAGCAGGAACCUGGAGACAGGAACCGAUGCAGAGGCCAUGGAGGAGUGCUUUACUUGCUUGGUGCCUAUGACUUGCUUAGCUUUUUAAAACUUUUUUUUUUUUGUGAAUUUUACAUCAUGCACACCAAUCCCAAUAAUUUCCCUGUCCCUCCAUAUCCACCCUCUGCUGCUGCACCUCCCCUCUAAAAGAAAACAAAAUAAAAUAAGACCAAAAAAAAA